AUGCCAAAAACGAGUCUACAGGACAUCAAAUGUUCACUUUUAAGGAAACAAGAAAAUGACAUUCGUUUUAGUCUUAAACGGGAUACAAUCAACAGGUUGCGAAAAGUAAGAAAUGGAAAUCCAAUUGAAUUACCUCCCCCUUAUCCAAACGGUUGGUAUGGUAUCCUCGAAUCGUGCAAACUAAGCGCAGGGGAGGCUACUUUUGUGUCAUGUUUGGGAGAAGAACUAGUUAUCUUUCGCACUCAAAAAAAUAAAAUUUUCAUUCUGGAUGCAUAUUGCCCUCACUUGGGAGCCAAUUUGGGUAUUGGUGGAAAGGUUAUUGACGAUUGUGUUGUAUGCCCAUUUCAUCAAUGGAGUUUUCGAGGCUCAGACGGAACGUGCACAAAUAUUCCGUACAGCACUUCAGUUCCAAAAGGAUCAAAUGUGAAAAAUUGGAGUUCGCAGGAAAUGAACGGCUAUAUAUUUAUUUGGUAUCAUACUGACCCAACAGAAAUACCUUGGGAACUCCCUCUGUCUACGGAAGAGCUUAAAACAAAAUAUUUUUACCAUGGACACAAUGAAUUUUACAUUCACUGUCAUAUUCAGGAAAUACCUGAAAAUGGUUCUGAUAUUGCGCACUUUAAUGCUAUACAUAAAGAAAGUUUAAUUGAUGGCAUUUGGGCUACAAAAAAAUUUUCUUUCAACCGAUGUGGAUAUCAUCACUGGAAAGCAAGGUGGUUCCCAACUCCUGGAAAAUUAAAACAUUUAGCUGAAGUACAUCUAAACCAUACGUUAGAACUAUUUGGAAAGAUUUAUUGUUUUCGGAUGGAUGUCUGUGGCAAACAAAUUGGACCAUCAUACGUUUGCCUCGAAAUUAAUUCACUUACAUUUGGAGAGCUCAAAAUUUUUCAAUAUAUUACCCCAAUUGAGCCGUUGUUGCAAAAAGUUGUACAUCAAUUUUAUGGUCCCCGUUGGAUGGGACCACUUAUGAAAAUUUUCAUUUAUGGAGAAAGUCUAAUGUUUGAACGCGAUAUAAACAUAUGGAACAAUAAAAUAUUUAAUCGGAAUCCUAUCUUAGCUAAAGAAGAUGCUUCAAUAAAGAAGUUUAGAAUCUGGUUUUCACAAUUCUACACAUCCAACAGCAAACCAUAUUCUGAAGUCAAUGCUGGCUGGUAGUAAACAAAUUCGAUGGUAGAUUUAAAAAAUUGUCAUUAAACACAGGAAAAUCCACAGUUUGUUUUAAAAAGGCAAAUACUUUUGUUGCCAGCUAGCCCCUCAUCGAGCUUCACAACAUUUUUAAAAUUAUUUUUGAGGAAUUUAUUUAUAUCAUCGCAUACUUAAAAAUAUGCACUUAGAUAAUUUACUUAAAAAAUAAAAGCAAAAGUCAAUAAUCUUUCUUACUGUCAAGAAAGCGUUUUUAUCACAGCUUAACAUUGGGAAACUGCGUAAUGCAGCAAAUAUAUAUUCAAUGUAGUCCCAGGGGAAUGUGAUAAAGUUGUUUAAUGCAGCGAUAAAAAGUUAACAUAACAAG